AUGGAGACGUAUCACGGGCACGUCCGCACUCCUGCGGACGCCAUUAUCCUCUUCGAAGCAUGCCGUAUCGGUCUCCUGCCCCGCGUCCAGAGACGGUUAUCAGAAAAGGAGCGCCAAUCCAUCCAGUCCGGUUCAGUAUUCGUCUGGGACGAGCGAGAAGCGGGUAUGCGACGAUGGACCGACGGCAAAUCCUGGAGCGCUAGCCGGGUAUCCGGGAGUUUCCUCACCUACCGUGAGAUGGAGGGCAAGCGAGGCGGCACCGUCACGCAACCUCUCACCAGCACAAGAGCGGGCAAGACGCCCGACAGCAGAGGAAGCGACGACGACCGAGGGGACGGAACGGACGAUGGGCCAGACGGGUAUCGAUAUAAACCGGAUGGACUCAUGAAGCAGUCCUUCAGCAUCACAACCUCCACUGGCCAGCACCUCCAUCUCAUCAGCUACUACUCCCGAUCACAUCCCGCCGCGGCCACUCUCCAACAACCAUCCACUGAUCCAGCUCUGCGCCAUGUGCGUCCACAGAAGGGGUUAUAUCCGGAAUCCACCGUCAACGACCAGCAGAACUUGCCGGUGGUCACUCGCGGUCCCAUGCCGGGCGCCACCUACCCUGUUCCACAUCCGAUGAGUGCUUAUGUGCGCGCAGGGACGCAUCCCCAGUCAUAUACACCCCCCUACGCAUGGCCACCAACGCCGCUGGGCACGCCGCCCACCAUCGCCAUUCCCUAUGGUGGCUCCUAUAUCUCUGCUGUGCCCACUCCGAAUGGCCCUGCCAUCGCAUAUGGGCAACCUCCACCACAUCAUCACCAUCCAGCUCUACCGCCGCCGCCUCCACAACAUGCCUUGCCCCAUCCCUACGAUCGACCAGUACAUCCGGGCGAGAGCCCAUUACCACAUGCUAUUCAGGCCGCCGCAGCUCAGCACACUCCCCUGCCAGUGCUUGCAGGGCGCUCGCCCCGGCUCAUCCCAGAUGGCCGCGAUGCCCACCAGCGCAGCCCCCGUGACUAUCCAACACCCUCAAUCGACCCUCGAAUCCCCUCCCCACGCAUGCAUGCACCUUCCGCCCCACACAGCAACGGCAUGGGUCCUGUGAAUCGCAGCCCGCGCCCACUAGCUCAGGCUCCCCCAACGACUCUUCCACAGGUGGCUCCCCCAGUGAAUGGCACCGCCAAACCAGCCGAAGCAAGCGGGUCUGGCAGCAACGGCACCACCCCGACAACAGUCCCCAGUAUUGGAGCGCUGAUGAAUGGUGCCUCUGGGCCGCUGCCCUCGAUCACCCCUGCCCCGGCCUCAAAGCUGAACGCGCCACGUCUAGGCGGCAGCCCUCGCGCCGAGGGACCAAAGGACAUCCCCAGCGAGAAGAUUGGCUUCGGAGGCGAGGACAUGAGAGCCUUGCGACAAUUGGAUCGGGUCUUCACCGCCUGA